UGUGUUAAAAUUGUUGAGAGAUGUUAUUAAUAGUCCGCAGAAUUGAAAUUGCUCUUCGAUGAGAGAGAGAGAGAAAGCAAUAGGCAAGAAACAAAGAAAUGGAGAAGAAGAUUAAUGGGAAUAGAUUUGAAGGAAAGGUGGCGAUUGUCACGGCUUCAACUCAAGGCAUCGGCUUCGGAAUCGCUCUACGGCUUGGCCUUGAAGGCGCCACCGUUGUCAUCUCCUCUCGGAAACAGAAGAAUGUGGACGAAGCUGUAGAAAAACUGAGGAGUAAAGGGAUUGAAGCUUUGGGAGUAGUUUGUCAUGUUUCAAAUGCACUACACAGGAAGAACUUGAUACAGAAAACGAUUGAGAUGUAUGGAAGGAUAGAUGUGGUGGUGUCCAAUGCUGCAGCCAACCCUUCUAUUGAACCAAUUCUGAAUACUAAAGAAUCCAUCCUUGACAAGCUGUGGGAGAUCAAUGUGAAAGCCUCGAUCUUACUCUUGCAAGAAGCAGCUCCUCACCUGAAAAAAGGUUCAUCUGUUGUUUUCAUUUCUUCUAUUACUGGCUACAACCCUCCUGCUGCAAUGUCAAUGUAUGGAGUGACCAAAACUGCCCUUUUCGGGCUUACUAAGGCAAUUGCUGCUGAAAUGGCCCCAGACACUAGAGUAAACUGUGUAGCACCUGGUUUUGUGCCCACAAAUUUUGCUUCUUUUAUAACAGAGAACAAGGAAAUUAGGAAAUCUGUCGAGGAAAAUACACAUCUGAAGAGGCUAGGAACAGUGGAUGACAUGGCAGCUGCUACUGCUUUCUUAGCGUCUGAUGAUGCCUCCUACAUUACCGGAGAAAUUCUUGUAGUUGCAGGGGGACACCCUUCCAGACUCUAAGGCAGAACAUUCACAACAUCUAGAACUUUUAUAAACUUUCUGAACACAGUUUUUGGGGUUCAUUUAGAUGUACUUCUAUGUGAGGAACGUUUAAAAGCGCUUCAAAAGCACAAAGCCAAAAUAAAGCUUAUACUAAGAUAUUGGGCACUUGUCUUCAAAUAUAUACGGAGUAAAAUUCUAGUUAUUAUGCAUGUAAUCGACAAAAAAACUGUCAAAUAACUUACUCCUUCC